AUGGUUGGGGUGCGUCCGCCUUUUCCCAACCCCUUCCAUCUUCCUUACCGCCCCUCCCCUCGUCCCUCGAUCUUCUCCCUCUUUCCUCUCUCUCCCGCCCUCGGGCGUCUUCUGAAGACUCCCGCUUCCGGUCAGCGGCCGUCCGCCCUAGCGCGUCCCGCCUCUUCCGCCUGCCGGCGGCGCUGCGGGUGGCGGAGGCGGCAGCCGUAGCGGCGCCUGCGCUUUUCCCGUCAAGGUUGGCAGGCGAGUCCCCUGGGCCGUCCAGCUGGACGCGGCCGAGCCGCACCCUGGGGACCGAUGGCGAUGAACUAUAACGCGAAGGACGAGGUGGACGGCGGGCCCCCGUGCGCUCCCGGGGGCGCCGCCAAGACGCGGAGGCCGGAUAACACUGCCUUCAAACAGCAACGGCUGCCGGCCUGGCAGCCCAUCCUCACGGCCGGCACUGUGCUGCCCACCUUCUUCAUCAUCGGCCUCAUCUUCAUCCCCAUUGGCAUCGGCAUCUUCGUGACCUCCAACAACAUCCGCGAGAUCGAGAUUGAUUAUACCGGAACAGAACCUUCCAGCCCCUGCAAUAAAUGUUUGUCUCCAAAUGUCACAUCUUGCUUUUGUACCAUUAACUUCACUCUUGAAGAAUCAUUUGAGGGCAAUGUGUUUAUGUAUUAUGGACUGUCAAAUUUCUAUCAAAAUCAUCGUCGUUAUGUGAAAUCUCGAGAUGAUAGCCAGUUAAAUGGAGAUCCUAGUGCUUUGCUUAAUCCAAGUAAGGAAUGUGAACCUUAUCGAAGAAGUGAAGACAAACCAAUUGCUCCUUGUGGAGCUAUUGCCAACAGCAUGUUUAAUGAUACAUUAGAAUUGUUUCUGGUUACCAAUGAAUCUGAUCUCACCCUUACACCUAUUACUUUGAAAAAGAAAGGUAUUGCUUGGUGGACAGAUAAAAAUGUGAAAUUCAGAAAUCCACCUGGAGCAGGAAGCCUUGAAGAAAAAUUUAAAGAUACCACAAAGCCAGUAAACUGGCAUCAACCAGUAUACAAGCUAGACACAGAUGAAGAUAAUAAUGGGUUUAUAAAUGAGGACUUUAUUGUUUGGAUGCGUACUGCAGCAUUACCUACUUUUCGUAAGUUGUAUCGUCUUAUAGAACGCAGAAGUGAUUUACAUCCAACAUUACCAGCUGGACAAUACUAUUUGAACAUCACAUACAAUUACCCAGUACAUUCUUUUGAUGGACGAAAACGGAUGAUCUUGAGCACUAUUUCAUGGAUGGGAGGAAAAAAUCCAUUUUUGGGAAUUGCGUACAUCACUAUUGGAUCCAUCUCCUUUCUUCUGGGAGUUGUACUACUAGUAAUUAAUCAUAAAUAUAGAAAUAGUAGUAAUACUGCUGACAUCACCAUUUAAUUUUAUAUUCUGAAAACAAAUCUACUGCAUGUGCGUCAAGGCCAGUCCUGUUCAACCUAGCUUUCAAAUGCUGAUGUCUGGGUAGUAUGUCAUUUUGAAGUUGGCACCUAACUUUCUUUUAUAAAAACAGCCUUUGUCCUUUGCUUCUUAUGUAUGGAUGACUUAAUGAAAAUAUAGGAUGGGUAUAAAGAUUAGCUAUAUUGAUCAUAUCAAUAUUGUAACUGCUAAAAUGCAUUCUAAUGUCUGCUUUAUAUUGGGACAGGCCACGUGAUGCAUAGAGCCUCUUUCAUGUGAAAUGUGUCUACUGCUUAAAUGUUUAUGCUGUUGAUAGUAUAUUGACAUACAAUGCUGUAUAUGUGUGCCUGUUGUGUGAAGAAAGGGAUUCUGAGAUAUGUGAGUGUAAUGACUUGCUAACCUUUCAAGAUUGAGUUACAGAAAGAUUGAAGAAAGACUAAAUAUAAAUAAAACACUUCAUCAUUUUCAUGUGUCAUGUGUAAAGGCUUAAAAGUACCUCUUUGUUGAGGUGGUUCAUGUGUUCAGUUUCUCUAUUACAGUUCUUUGUUAAGUAUGGCUUUGAUUUCAGAGGACAUACUUGCCUUGGCCAGCAUAGAAAUUAAUAUCCAAAGAGGUCAGGUAGGUCUUGGAUAGAAUUUUAAAUUCCUCUUCAUUUGGCUACAGUGUCACAUUCCAGGUUCCCAGUUCACCUGCAAUGCUUUCACAUGUGAUUCUUUCCCUUGGAGCUUAUAUUUCAUAAGGGAAGAAGGACUAUAGGUGAGAUGGGAAAGGUGCUUGGCACAUCUUCAUCUGCCCGAUCUGUAAACUAGAUGUAAAUUCUUAAAGGAGACUGUAUUUAAUGUUAAUGGAGUAUUUAAUGUUAACAUGAUUACUUCUGCAUUGGAAAUACCUCAGGCUGUUCUUAUUUGGCAGGUAAGUGUUUUGACUUAGCAACUAAUCUAUCCCCCAAAAAUUGAAAUCCUAAUAUCCUCCAUAUUUCAUUAAAUUUUUGCAUAUAGGGCAAAUAAAUGUGGAUAUGUAUACACAUUCUCUUUAGUGAAGGUGAUGUUUUGGUCAGUUUUCCUAAGAUACCUUAAAAAGUUGUUCGAUAAAUUUCUUAAAUUCUGGGGGUUUUGGAAUAUGUACAUGAUAAAUUAUAUCUGAUUAAGUUCCUUUAUUUUCCAGCUAGAAUUAUUUAAUCUUUAUUGAAUAAAUGCUGUAAUUUAUUUGCUAUGGAACUUCUUGAAGUGAUUGUAAACUACAUCCACAUGCAUGAAAAUGUGCAUCAGAGGUGACUUAAUUGCAUUGAAAUUCCUUUUUUUUUACACUAAAAUAACUCAUAUUUAUGUAGAAGAAUGCUUGUGUAUUCAGAAUUUGUACUGGUUUCCUUCAGUUAUGUUUGAAUAAGGUUUGGUAAUAUAUCAUUUUGACCAAUACAUGCUUUAAAAAUAAAUAAAAAUAAUAUAAUGGUUCAUGGUAGAAAUGUGCCACACUUAAGUUUUGUAUAAUAUGAAAUUCAAUUAAAAGAACUUGUAAUUCAUGAUGACUUCUAACUUAUAAAAAUAUUACUUGCAUGAAAUUUCUGUGGACAUGGAUUCUUCUUUAAAAAUACUCUUUUGUCAGUCCUUCUGAAUACUGUUAUUUUGAACAUUUUUCCUCUUGGACAUGGUGGUGUUUCUUUUUUGGGAUUCUUUGUAAGAGGUUGGCUGUUUCUUCAGCCUUUAUGGAUUGAAUAUGCUGUUCAAAGAGGACUACCAUCCUGCAUCUCCUUUUCUAACAGUACCAAGGGUUCUCUAAGCUGAGGAGAUCUAGCAUUUUCACAUCUAUGGAAAAGAUGGAAAUUUCAAAAAUACAACUGAAGCUUUAUCAUUUUACAAGUACAUUCUCUAUUUUCUGCCGUUUGAACUGUAAAGGAUUCAUAUAUGAAGAAUAUGGACGUUCAUAUUUAAGAAACACUGAUGUCAUUAAGGCAACUAAGUAGAAGACUUAGAAAAAAAUGCAUUAAUUUGCAAGGAAAUAUUUUGUCAUAUUUUUUCCAGUUGAAAAAUUAUUCAGUAGGCAAAAGCUAAGAGAUUUCAUUGACAUCAUAAGGCAGUUUAAGAUAAACUGGGAAAAUAACUACUAAUGGAGAAUCAUUCAACUAAGAGUCAAGUGAAUAUUAUUUGUUUAGUUACAGAGUUUAUAUGUAACCUUAAAAGUUACAUUCUGUUAGUAUGUUUUGUAUUAAUAAAAGUGAACAAAAUUAAUUGUGCUAUGUUUAAGUGUCUUGCUAAAAUAACAGUGUCCCUUUGUUGUUGCUAAUGGUUAGUACUCAGUUUGAAUCUGUGGCUAGUGAGUCCAGAUUUUAACUUCUCCACAUGUGUAUUUGAUAAAACGUCACCAAUUGUUAAAUUAUUAUAUUAGCAUUUAUUAUCACUCUGACAACAGAAAUCACAUGGCUUAUUUAUUACUAAGGGACAUUCUUAUCAGGAAGUGGUGACAUGUUACCUGAGCUAUAGGCAGUCUGGCUAAGGUUGAUAUUCUCUGGAGGGCAAUGUCUGGUAAACAGGAGGAGAGGUACCCCCUCGAUGAUGAAAGUAAUUUCAUUGCAGAGCACACAAACAAGAACCCGAACUGCUAAGGAGAGGCUGAGAGGCAGCCUCAGGACCACUGUUCAGCCUGCUGCUUCCUACUUCACACAAACAUUGAGAGUUAAUAUAAUGCUUUUCUUUGUUUAAAUUGUAAAGUUAUUUGUGAACAUGGCAGUUUUAAGUGUGGAAGGAGUGAAAAAAUGCUGCUGUUGGAGUUUCGAUGUGUAAAUGCCUGUUUGAGAGUUGGAUGAUUACUUUUAGAACCCACUUUUAGCUCAUGCACCCACCAGUCAGUAAACAUGAAAAACAUUUCUCCUAAUGUCAUUUGAAAUCUCAAAAUAAAUAUAUUGUCUAAAACCAAA